CGGCUGUCAGCCGAGCGUGGGCCCGCCCCUCGGCCAUGCCGUGACCAGGCUCGGUCGCACGGCACGGUCACAGUGUAAUGGGGUCGGGUCCCGGUUCGGGUCUGGUUAGUCCGCUUUGACAGCCGAAGCACAUCACGAAAGAGACGGAGUGGCAGAGCUGACAGGCUCCCUCACACAGAAGAGUAUGUUCGCUAAAGGCAAGGGCUCCGCCGUGCCAUCGGACAGCCAGGCACGGGAAAAGCUGGCCUUGUACGUAUACGAGUACCUGCUGCACAUUGGGGCGCAGAAGUCGGCGCAGACCUUCCUGUCGGAGAUCCGGUGGGAGAAGAACAUCACGCUAGGGGAGCCCCCAGGCUUCCUGCAUUCCUGGUGGUGUGUGUUCUGGGACCUGUACUGUGCAGCUCCUGAGAGGAGAGACACCUGUGAGCAUUCAAGUGAAGCAAAGGCCUUCCAUGAUUAUAGUGCCGCUGCCGCCCCCAGCCCCGUGCUCGGCAGCAUCCCCCCCAACGACGGCACACCAGGGGGCCAGAUGCCUCCUGGCUACUUCCAGGGCCCCCCUGGCUCGCAGGCGUCGCCGCACGCUCAGGCUCCGCCCCACCCGAACCCAAACAGUAUGAUGGGACCCCAUGGGCAGCCCUUCAUGUCGCCCCGGUACGCUGGAGGACCCCGGCCGCCCAUCCGGAUGGGGAGCCAGCCUCCGGGAGGAGUUCCGGGUGGCCAGCCUCUCCUCCCCAGUUCCAUGGACCACACGCGUCAGCAAGGACACCCGAAUUUAGGAGGACCGAUGCAGCGCAUGACUGCCCCGAGAGGAAUGGCUCCCAUGGGACCUGGACCCCAGGGCUAUGUGGGUGGGGUGAGGCCCCCCCUUAACUCCAUGGGUCCCGGCAUGCCUGUGAUGAACAUGGCUCCCGGAACCGGCCGGCCGUGGCCGAAUCCCACCAGUGCCAACUCAAUUCCUUACUCCUCUUCCUCCCCCGGAUCCUAUGUGGGUCCGCCAGGAGGGGGGGCUCCGCCCGGCACGCCCAUCAUGCCCAGUCCAGCAGAUUCCACCAACUCCAGUGACAACCUGUACACCAUGAUCACCAGUGGGGGUGGCCGGCCAAGUUUCCCCAUGGGCCCCAGCACGGACGGCCCCAUGGGGCCAAUGAGCAGCAUGGAGCCCCACCACAUGAACGGGUCGCUAGGGUCGGCCGACAUAGACGGGCUUCCCAAGAAUUCUCCCAACAACUUAAGCGGCAUCAGCAAUGCCCCUGGGACCCCGAGGGAUGACAGCGAACUGGGGGGCAGCUUUCUGCACUCCUUCCAAAAUGAAAAUUAUUCACCCACCAUGACCAUGAGUGUGUGAUGACCCCCCCCCACCCCCGUCAGAUGCCAUCUUGAAGAGCUGGGACAGUCUGAAGGAAGCAAGCAGACACGCGGAGAGUCUCCUGAGAUGUGACGGCCCACUUGGCUGCCAGUGGUGCUUCUGACACCUCCGGCGGCUUUUCCGAUGCUAGUCCCCCAUUCCUCACAGCCAGCACUUCCUGCUUUAACGCCAAGCCCCGCCCAAUCCCCUGUCAUGUGCAAGCGGAUGUAAAUCCCCACGUUUGAGUUUCCAGCCUCUGCGACAUGCUUGACUGUUCGCUGCACGGGCCUCCCCGUCUCCAUGUUGGUGGCUUUGUUAGGGCCAUUUGGAUGCUAAGCAGGGUGGAUAUUUUGUGCUCCGGAAGGCUCCCACCGCUCCUCACCCUUUAAGCCUGGACCCCGCGGACACCCCUCCCCAAGUGUGAGCCAGCACCGCCCCGGUGUCGGCUUAUCCGGGCCGCUCACCUGCCUGGUCGUGUGACCUGGCGGAGCAACCUCAGGUGCCCCCGGUCUGCCCACGGCUCCUUCUGCCUCCGCAUCUCGAGGAAUGACAGCAGUCCCCAAUGUUCCGGAACCUUCCUUCCAUUGUGUUUAAAUACCGUAUGCUGUACAGGCCUGAGCUGUGAAAUAUGCACACGUAUAUACCAGAGGGGGGGAACCUGGGAUUGGUGAGGCUGGCGCAGACAGCCCCUGCCUGCUGUCAAAAGGCAUCAUGUGACGUGUCAUGUGACCCUGCCUGCCGGCUGCUGUGGUGAACGUGGGGCAUGCUGCAGUCCCUGUACUCUUACUGUGUACUGUUAUAACGAGAAGGUGAAUGAUGCCCUGUAGUUCAGUACCUAAACCGCUGAAGGAGGUUUCCUGCUCGCCCUUCUCCCCACCCAUGAAGUACCUCCCCUUUCAGACUUGUUUUUCUUGCCUGUUACAUGCUGCACUUGCUACAUGUAGCACGGACCUUUUUUUAUACAGUGAAUUGCUUUACAUGUGUUUAUGGGAAUGCGGUGGCUCGAGCUGUAGGCUCCCGCCAACUAUGGGGGGGGAACCGCCGGUGUCUCUUCUCCAUCCCUCCAUCCAGUGGACAUUUUGAACCUUAGGAUGAUUUUCCUUCUCGUUACCUGUCAUUAAUAAUGUUUACCGUAACUUAUUUUUUGUCAUUGGUAUGGGAUGAUUACGAAUGUUCCCACCUCUAUCCAGCAUUGUAAUUAAUAUUAACAUAAACCUGGUCCUCUGCC